UAUAAAUCCAAUCUCAUGUCUCAUCUUUUUUUCAACUCAUACUAAAAAAAGAAGUUUCCAUAAAAAGAAAGCUUCCUACAAUGUCAGCAGCUCUCUAUAUCUUCCUCAUAUUUAUCAGCCACACCACAGAAGCCGCUCUCGAACCAGUGACCGACAUCGACGGUGGACGUCUCACAUCAGGCACCAAAUACUACAUCUUGCCUGUACUUCGCGGUCGCGGCGGGGGACUAACCAUGUCCAAACCCGAAAACAAAACAUGUCCUAAAAGCGUCAUCCAAGACCAAUACGAAAUCUCGCAAGGCCUACCGUUGGAGUUCUCACCAUCCGACAAUUCAAGAAUCAUCCGCGUCUCAACAGAUCUCAACUUCAAGUUCUGUGCGGCUUCGGUCUGGAACUUAGACAAUUACGAUGAGAAGACGAAUCAGUGGUUCGUUACAGCUUGUGGCGUUGAAGGGAAUCCAGGUCAGGCAACGGUUGAUAACUGGUUCAAGAUCGAGAAGUACGAAGAUGAUUACAAGAUCGUGUUUUGUCCAACUGUUUGCAAUUUUUGCAAGGUCAUGUGUAGAGACGUUGGUGUGUUUGUGCAAGAUGGGAUGAGAAGACUUGUUCUAAGUGACGUUCCACUAAAAGUUAUGUUCAAAAAAGCAUAGUUACAAUGUAACCUUCUAUAAUAAUAA